AUGACGACCAGCAUCUCCAGUAUCACCGAGGACGUAGAUCCGGUAGCCUCGAUUCAGCUGUUCCAAAAAUAUGAAGGUCAAAACGGUAUGGGGUCCGAGGCGGAAAAAGUAGGGCGUGAAACCCUUCCACAGGGAGAAAACACUUUCCUUUCGUACAACCUGGAAGAAGACGUCCUGAAAGAUGAAAGACGCAUCAGAGAGAGGAUCAUGGCGCGACAGUUCUUCACAGAAUUCCUGCAGCAAGAAACAUUCCUCGGCCUAAAACGAAUUACUACAUAA